GUUUUAUAUGAACAGCGUGGUAAUUUAGAACUUAAUUCUACACAUUUUAAACAAAUGAUUGAAGCAGCAGAUCUGCAUUUACAAGGCCUUUUUAAUAAAUUAGUAAAGGCAUUAAUUCCUAAUAACAGAUCUGCAUAUAAUAAAGUUGAAGCAAGAAAAACAAUUGUGAGCUUAUGUUAUAUUAUGGCUGUAAUGCGAAAUAAGUUUGUUAAUGAUUUCAAAUUAGAAGUUGGAUUAUUUUUAUCAGCAUCAGGAUCAACACGUAAUGCAAUUGAUACAAUGAAUAGUAUUGGAUUUUCUGCUUAUGAUUAUUAUGAUAUACAUGAAAAAAGAAGACCCGAUACUGUAACCUUAUCUACUGCUAACCACAUGGCUACUUGUAUUUGUAAACAGGUUUCAAAUUGUACACCGAUACCUAUUGUAUUUAAUAAUGUAAUAUUUGAUAUUGCAUAUACCAAUCGUAAAACCCAAUGGCUCACUAAUGGACAAUUAGCUAAUAAUACCUUUGAUCAAAUUGAUCUACUUACAGUGUAUUGUUAUGAUGAUGCAAUUGCUGAAAGAAAAGAAGAAUGUUCAAUGAAAGGAUUAUGCGCUUCUUAA